CCGAAUCUGUUUCCAGACAUCUUGUGUUAUCCGCUGUUAAAGAACAAAUGCAUUUUUGUGAAAUAGAUAUUGACCCAUAUUGGAACGAUUGUGGUGAUAGGAUAGGCUACAGCAAGAGGACCAUCCGUGUUCUCCUGGUUGUGAAGAUGUUAUGUUGUUGAGAGGAGACCUACGUGAGAAAACGUGUUGGACCUUUUCAGCGUUUUUGAACGUCGUUAUCUCCUUAGCAGAUAUUGUGUUAUCUUUAGUAGUUGUGUGAUCGCGAUAUUAUCUACGAAAAACAAAAAUUAAUAUGAAAAACUAUAUAUUUUUAUUGUUUGCCUUUGAGGCAUCUUUGGUUUUCAGCAAUAGUUUCACCAAUUGAACAUUAGCAUUCAAUGUAUAGCCUAUCAGUUGGCCUAUUGUCCUGAUCCACACUAGGAUGCUGCAAGCGCCUAACACCCUGGGGCAUGAAAAGCCCCUGAUUAGAUUAUCCUUUUCCUCAUGUGUUGUGAGCACAGUGAGUCUACCACUACUUGGUCUAACGUCAUGCAUCUUUAUAUCCUCCGUUUUCCAUUUUGAAGAUUCAACCGGUACACAUUGCCAGGUUCCUAAUUAUUUACCAUCAAUCAGUGCCUCCAUAAGUCAGAGUCCAGAGUGCCAUAUCUGGCGUGUCUGCAUCGGGCUGCACUCUGCUCCUCGGUUCCUUGUGGCCGUGUCCUACUUUAACCUCUACAAGAGUCGCUUCUCCUCCAGGUUCCCACAGUGGCUGCUCUACAGUGGGAACCUGGUGUGUGCGCUCACUGAAACCUUUGGUCUCUUGCUGCUCUCUUACGUGUCCUCUAACGAGACCUACUUUGUCCAUAAGGAAGGUUUCGUCCUGUUCAUCUUCAGUUCUCUAGUUUACAUGUUGAUAACAUGCCGACUCUGGAAUAUUAUCAAAAAGUACUCUCUGAGCCCCGAGGACCUUAAAUCCUAUCACUGGAAGAUCCGGUUCUUGACUCUCAACGUGUCUUUCUGCUUCCUCGCUGCUUACUUUUACUGGAAACACAAUAUGUAUUGUGAACCUGGGAGCUACACUUUGUUCUCCCUGUUUGAGUAUCUGGUUGUUUUGUCAAAUAUGGCCUUUCACCUAACUGCAUUCUGGGACUUCAAAAGCAGAGAGGUAGUGAUUCUGUCAGUAGCAGAAGAAAAAGACUUCUGACUGGGGAAUCGAGGUGGCAGCACCAGUUCAACAACCUCCCAGCCCCCACCAGACUCUGAUCCCUCUGCCACACUGGGAACGCAGGAAGAUGUUUUGUUUCAUAUAUGUUAAUAAGGACCUCAUGACACUGGACAUAGACAAUUUGCAUAAAGUAUACUGCACUGGAAAGGUAUAAACUCAUUCGUUCGACAGUGCUGUGGCCAUUCGAGGGUCACUGCUGUUGGUUAGCCAGACACGCAUGUUUUUUCCUUCUUCUGACGGGAACAAAUGAAUUGUAGUGCAAACAUCUUCAAAUCUCACACAUUAGUAAAGUGCAGAGGACAAAUCAUGAUAUAAUACAGUUUUUUUCCAUACAGAAGGUUAUUGGCAACAACUAAUGUUUCUCAAUAGAUCUCAAUAUCUAUACGAUACUCAGAUCUUAUGGUCACACAUACUCUAGCUGAAAUUACAGAAGUCUGCAUGUAAAUUAACUUCCUGGUUGGUGAAGCAGAUGGAGUGAUAGAGGGAGAGAGGAGAGAUAUUAUUGUUACUUCAUAUUAUACAUCAAUGCUGCAACAAUGAGGAUGUGUUAUUUGUAGUGUUCCUGCCAGUAAGUAUAGACACUGAUGCCUUAUUUUACUAUCAAAUGAGAAACAGGAUGGAACAGCAAUCUUUUGCUGUUCAUUGAUUUUCACUUCUACAAAAACCCGACUGAGUCAUACACUUCAUUCAGCACAUUUGAGAGAACCAUGAUUAUGUCAACCAGGUGGGACAGUAGCAAGUGUUAAUCCAACACUGAAUUUGUAGGUGGUCAGAGAUCUACAAUCACACUUCUUUACAUUAAAGUGACUUAAGUAUGUGACACAUUUCCUUGCAGUGAAACAGGGUGUCUGCUAUAAACAGAGACAAACCAUACUAAGAUUUUGGUCAGAUAAUACUAAUGAUAAUACUAAUGUUGAACUUUUGUGAAACCUCACUCAUUCAAAUCUAAAAUAGAAAGCAAGCUAUGGACUUUCAGGGGGAAGUUACUGACUGGCAGGGUUCCUUGUAUUCUUUCUUUCUCUGUCUAACUAAUGACCACGAUAGGAAAAAUAUAUCAUGUCUUUAAUCAAAGGCCUCUGUAUUUCCUCUUUUAAAUCUAGAACUCAGCGAUUUCAAAGAAGGAACAGUGUAAUAACUCUGUGGUUGGUUUGCAACACACAUCACCAUAGAAUCACUGAUUGACCAAAGGGUGUUGAAGAAAAUCAUUUACACAAUGUGAAAAUGUGCACAUUCAAUUCCACUUUUAUAAAACAACCAUUGCAAUAUCAGAAACCAUUGGUACAAGAUAUGGGAUAUUAUUGUGGAUUCAUGAUUUUUCCUGACUUUUGAGAUGUUCAAUUAUUGUUAAAGUCACUGCCAACAGUUUACUUCAAUGAUCAAUUGUAAAUAUCUGGUAACUGCAAAUUUUAAAUCAAGCACAUAAACACAAUCAGUUUUAAAACCAUAUGUACAUAAUGCAAGUAAAUAAAUGUACCUUGUUUGAUUUGUGAUUUUUGGUUCUG